UCCCUUGGCCUAAUAAACCACUCCAUCUCUCCUUAAUUUCUCUAUAAAUUUGCCUACUUCACUGCUUCCCCCCUUCGUCUUUCUCAUGAUUAUGUUGGAGGUUGAAAAGAAUUCAGAAAGAAACCAUAUUAUAAUCAAGCUUUAGUUUCUUUGUGCAUGUAGUACUGGCAUUCCAUGUGCCUUGGAAUCACAUUUCUAUACUUUGUGUUAUUAAACCCCCACCGUCCAUUAAUACCCUCACUCACUCCUAUACGUACGUAAAUAAACUGUGAUUGCUAGUCUUUAUUAUCUAGGCCUCCCACUGCAUGUCUCUCCCUCCCAAUUUCUAGCUUACUGCUUACAUUAAUUAGCUCAUCACUUCAUUUUCAGGAAGGUCAAUAAGAUUGCUUCUCAUUAGUGAAAAUGGGUGAAGAAGCUAAGCAGGAACAAGCCAAGGCAGAGGCUAAGCCAGAUGAGAAGAAGAAAGAAAAUGCAGAGGAGAAGAAAGAAGAGAAACCAGCAGAGGAAGAAAAGAAGGAAAAACCAAAGCCACCAUCUCCAUUUGUCUUGUUUGUGGACUUGCAUUGUGUGGGAUGUGCCAAGAAGAUUGAGAGGUCCAUCAUGAAGAUUAGAGGUGUGGAGGGGGUUGCGAUGGAUAUGGCACAAAACCAAGUGACUAUAAAGGGAAUAGUGGAACCUCAAGCUGUGUGUAAUAAAAUCAUGAAGAAAACCAAAAGAAGAGCUAAAGUUUUGUCUCCAUUGCCUGAAAAUGAGGGUGAACCGAUGCCCCAAGUUGUUACUUCACAGGUAAGUGGAUUAACGACUGUGGAGCUUCAUAUCAACAUGCACUGUGAGGCAUGUGCAGAGCAACUUAAGAAAAAGAUUCUCAAAAUGAGAGGAGUGCAAACAGCAGUGACAGAUUUUAGCAGCAGCAAAGUCACAGUGACUGGGACAAUGGAGGCAAACAAAUUAGUGGAAUAUGUUUAUAUACGCACCAAAAAGCAGGCCAGGAUAGUGCCACAACCUGAGCCUGAACCUGAACCAGCGAAGGAAGAGGAGAAAAAAGAAGAAGAGAAACCAGCAGAAGAAGCAAACCCAGCUGAAGAGAAAAAAGAAGAGGAAAAACCAGCAGAAGAAGGUGGUGGUGGUGGUGAAAACCCUGAAAAAAAUGAGAGGAAAGAAGAUGAAGGGAAGAAGGAAGGAGUAGCAAAUAUAGACAUCAUCAACGUUGAUGAGGAAAACAUGAAGAGAAUGAUGCAUCACUACCAUCCACUAUAUGUGAUAGAGAGAAUACCACCUCCUCAGUUAUUCAGUGAUGAGAAUCCCAAUGCAUGUUGCAUUUCAUGAUCUUCUAAUAAUAUUGAUAAUCAAACUCUUUUAUGGCUCUGACGAGGUUAAUCAACGAUCGAGAAUGUUUAAAUUCUUCUAUUUU